AAUAUUCUGCCGCCCGAUAUUCAGUGCUUUACGAGAUCUCGCUGUGAACGGUUUUGUUUGCGCCGAAGCUAAAGUUGGUGCGCCGGUUUUGCAGGUGGGUUGCAAUCGAUGCAAGGGAAGAUUUUUGGCCCCAAAAGCCCAUUGGAUUACACAAUCGCUUUGCAUAACGCUAACAGUGCUACUGGAAAGGACUGAGCCAGCCAGCUAACAAACAGACUGCCAAACAGUUUUGGUGACAAAGUUUGCUGGUGGAAGAAACAAGCUCUACGUUGAGCUUUGCAGUAGUUUCGUGUUGCAGAUUGUGAGUUUAAAGAAUGAUUUUACUGACUGCUUAGUGGUGUUUGGUGUUGGCGGAGAAAAUUCUUAUCCAAGUGUUGUACUGAAUGUUGGGUGAUCGAUAGCAGUACAAGUGUGCUUGUAGCUUUCAGUGGCAUCUCAUCAUUUGUAAAGCACAGCGUGUCUCAGUUACAGCGGUAAAAUUUUAAUUUAAGUGUAUCAAUUUGUGUGCUACAGUAGUUCCAGUGUCUUGUUGUGCCAGUGUGUUGAAUUUAACAGCUCGUUGAAAGCUAUGAAGUGGUGACAUGAACGAAAGAUGCAGAAAACACUUUCUGUUUAGGCCUACUCCUUCAAACGACACUUAAUACUGGAAAGAGCCUAAAUCUAUUUUUCAGAACUUAAAAUUCCUAUCAUUUCAUUCGAAAUCAGAAUAGUCCAACUAAUAUCACCAAACGGUCCAUACCACAUCGGCCAUUUUGUACAGUUGCACCGGUGGCAACUAGCAGCAGCCGCUGCUCGUGUUCGCUAUGCGCAAAAGGCAAAAGCUCCUACCGGGGCUAUCGGACGUAACCGUACUCGUGCUGCUGGCCCGGUUCGCCCUGGUCCUGGGUCAGACGACCUGCAACAACGGCCAGGGACGCGUACUGUACGAGCGGCUACCGAACCAGCAGCUCCAGGGUUUCGACGAUGACGUCGUGCGUGAUUCGGCACCACCGUUUCGAGUGCUGGAGAAGUGCCAGGAUCUGUGUUUGCGCGAUCGUACCGCCUCGAACAAUCUCGGGCGGGCCUGUACCAGCUUUGACUUCCAGCCCGGCAGCCGAAUUGCUUCGUUCAGUGGCAGCGUUGAGUAUGAGGAGUCGACGUGCUAUCUGACGCGGGAACAGGCCGCUCCCGAGGGUAUCGGCAAUCUGAUGCUCGUCCCGAACAGUGUCCAUUUUACGGAAGUUUGCAUCACCUCUAGUCGUCCCGAUCGCGAAUGUCCCAGCAGACGCUAUGUGUUUGAGCGUCAUCCAAGGAAGAAGCUGAAGCUCCCUGUGUCCGACAUCAAGGAGGUUACGGCUGCCAAUCGUUCCGACUGUGAGGACAAGUGCCUGAACGAGUUCUCGUUCGUUUGUCGCUCGGCCAACUAUGACUCCACACUGCGCAGCUGCGCCAUGAGCCGGUUCACCCGCCGGACACAUCCCGAACUGCUGGAGGACGAUCCGAACUCGGACUACCUGGAGAACACCUGCCUGAAUGCGGAACGGCGCUGCGAUGGGUUGAUCGUGUACGUGAAGGAGGAAAACAAACGUCUCGGUGGUCCAUUUGAGGUGGAGAUCUUCAACAACAUGACGCUGGAAGAGUGUCAAUCGCUGUGUCUGCGAGCGGAGAAGUAUUUCUGCCGCUCGAUCGAGUUUGACGAUCAGACGAAGCAAUGUAUCUUGUCGGAGGAGGACUCGGUGUCGCAAAAGGACGAUUUGAGCAUCAGCUCAAGCCCAACGCAUCAUUUCUACGAUCUGGUGUGUCUGGAUAAUCAGCGUGGUGCCGAAUAUCCGGACAACUCCGUCACGUCCCAUCUGUUCGCGAGUGGCCGCCGGCCCGAUACCGCCUUCCAGCGGUAUCGCAACUCGCGCCUGGGUGGGGAGUUUCACUCGGAAAUCACUGGCAGGUCGCUGAGCGAGUGUCUUGACGAGUGCCUGCGGCAGACGAGCUUCCAGUGCCGGUCGGCCGUGUACAGCGAUCGGUUCCGCACCUGUCGUCUCAGCCGCUACAACCAGCGGGACGGUAUGCGCAUCAUCUACGAUGCCGAUUACGAUUACUAUGAGAAUUUGAUGCCGCACCUAGUCGGGGGAGACACGGAUACGACCAAUGGGCGACCGGACCCAACCGAUUGGCGACCACCGUACGGAGGAGAUCGUGAUCGGGAUCGUGUGCCAGAUGAUAGGAUCCCACCUGGGCGCUAUCCGCAGGGCGAUCGGUAUCCUAUGGGAUCAAGACCGGAAUAUGGAGGUGAACCGUUCCCCGGUGGCUAUCCACCGACCGAUCGCUAUCCCGGCUCGACCGACCGCUACCCGGUCGGACCGGGCACGGAUCGCUACCCGUCCGGUGGUGGCGACUACGAUGGACGCUAUCCCCCCGUGUACGAUAAUCGGUUCCCAGGCGACCGGUACGGUCCCACCGAUCGCUAUCCGGGCGAUCGUGACCCCGACCCAAUGUACCCGGGCGGUCCAAUGCGCUAUCCACCACCACCUCCACUGCCACCGCCCGGUCCAGGCUACCCUUCCGAUUCGCGCUACCCUCCACCGAUGCCGAUGGAUUCGCGCUAUCCGAUGGAUCGCUAUGCACCGUCCGACUCACGCUAUCCGUCGCCCGAUUCGCGCUAUCCGGCCGAUGCACGCUACCCACCAACGCAGCCGGACGCAGGUGGUCGAUACCCACCCGGCCCAGCACCAGACUCGGGGCGCUAUCCACCGCCUGAAUCUGGGCGCUAUCCACCGCCGGACUCGGGGCGCUAUCCACCGCCCGUUCAGCGUCCGGACUCGCGCUACCCGGUAAUGGCACCGCCAGCAACACGCUACCCACCACCCCAGUACAUGCCACACAUGUACGGUUCGGGCGUGUAUCCGGUGGUACCGUCGCGAGCUCCACCAAAUCGUGGCUACGGACCGGACCCAUAUCCGGCACCGCCCGGUGCCCGCCCAGUUGACAACAAUCGCUAUCCGCCCGCUCCGGACGCACGCUACCCGCUCGAACCGGUCGGUGCGCAGGGCCGCUAUCCGACCUCGCCGAACGUGUCGCCGUUCCACAAGUACAUGACCGGACCUGGCCGUCCAGCGGCAGGUUACGAUCCUUACAUGGGUGGGUAUGAACCGCAGCGUGGAUACGUGGACGAUCGGUACGGAGGCUACUACCCAAGCGGGGGCGGUCGCUUACCACCCCCUCUACCACCACCAAUGCCAGCGUUUCCCGAUCGUGAUCGAGGCUAUCGGCGACCGGCCGUCGGCAUGGCACCGGACGGCGGUGGCUAUCCGUUCGAAAUCCCGUACGGCCCCUCAGGCACCGGGUACGAUAACACACUCGGCGGUGGCGACGGUUUCGGUGGCUACGGACCACAGCGACCGUACGAAACGCGCUGCGACAACACGGACACGUUCAAGCAGGUCGCCGCCAAGCGCAAGAUGCGCAAGCAGUACAUCCGGCGUGUGAUCAACGCACCGUCCCUGGGCAUCUGCCAGCAGGAGUGUGCAGGGGCACGGGACUUUAUGUGCCGGAGCUUCAACUACCGCGACAGUGCACCGUACGAAACGGAGGGCAACUGCGAGCUGAGCGAUCGGGACUCGCGCGACCUGGAGGUGCCGAGCACGCAGAUGUUCGAGAGUGACAGUGCGGACUAUUACGAGCGGACGCCGGGCCGAGGCGGACCGCACGACGAGUGUUUGGACGUCGGACAGGUUUGUAACGAGGACGGUAUGGAGUUUACGCUGCGCACGCCGGAAGGCUUUGUCGGGCGGAUCUACGCGUACGGGUUCUACGAUCGAUGCUUCUUCCGCGGUAACGGUGGCACAGUGAAUGUGCUGCGCAUUAGUGGACCUCAAGGAUAUCCCGAGUGUGGAACGCAACGGUACGGUGACACGAUGACUAAUAUCAUAGUGGUACAGUUCUCGGACAAUGUGCAGACGGGACGCGACAAGCGCUUCAAUCUGACGUGUAUGUUCCGUGGUCCUGGGGAGGCAGUCGUUACCUCGGGCUACAUUGGCGCUGGAUCCGGUAGUCCGAUCCCGAUCGAGUACCUGCCGGCAGAGAACUCGAUGAGCAACAAGGUGCGGCUGAUGAUACUGUACCAGGGCCGGCCGACGACCACGAUCGCCGUCGGCGAUCCGCUCACGUUCCGGCUCGAGUCCCAGGACGGCUACAGUCACGCAACGGACAUCUUCGCCACGAACGUGGUUGCGCGCGAUCCGUACUCGGGCCGCAGCGUACAGCUGAUCGAUAAUUAUGGCUGCCCAGUUGAUAGUUUGGUGUUCCCCGAGCUGGGACGAUCACGCGACAAUGAUGCACUGGAGGCACGGUUUAACGCGUUCAAGAUACCGGAAUCGAACUUCCUCGUGUUUGAGGCUACCGUGCGUACGUGCCGUGGAGGAUGUCAGCCGGCAUACUGUCCAGGACCAAGUGGCCGUUCGGAACCUUCGUUUGGUCGUCGGAAACGAUCGCUCGAAAAUGGGACGGAAACGAUCGGUACAGCCGAGCCGCUGGUAGCCGCCAGCCCGGACCCAGCGGACGACGAGGACGACGAAGUGUCGAUCGUGAACGGUACGAUGGUGAACGAAAACGCAACCAGCGCCAAGACACGGGACGCCAGCGGUGACACGAUAACGGCCGAAGCGGACACAGCCAGCCCGACCGAAAUGCCCGAGCAAGUGCGCGAAAUGAUUGAGUCUCGCUACUUCCGUCCGCUGCAGGUGUUCCAGUCGCGGGAAGAGAUGCAACAGGACACGGUCGCCCGCAAGAUGGUCGCACCGAUCGAGUCGGUCUGUUUGACGCACGCCGAAUACUACGGGCUGAUCAGUGCGGUCAUACUGCUGAUCAUACUGCUGAUCAGCAUCACGUUUGCGGCUGGCAUUGUGUACCGUAGCUACUGGAAGGUGUUCAUCAAGAACCGGACGCUCGACCGUAGCUCACCGGUCAAUUCGUUCAGUCCUUCUGCGCUCCACAACGCGGGAGGAAGUCAGUUUGAAGCGUCCGGACGGGCGCAUUCGACGGCAAGCCGAGGAGGAGGUGGAGCUGGUACACCGCACGUGCGUACGCCGGGUGUGUCACUGUUUGGCAGUGGGCUGCAGAAAACCUUCGCUACCGGCAACCUGUCGCGUAUGUGUCAGAUCCCGGUAAUGAACCCACUGUCCCGAGCCGGUGCACCCAAAAGCGAAUUUGAUGACCCGAGUGAACCGAUCUACACCGAUCCGUCACUGUUUGAACGAUCAAGAUCACUGCGCAGCAUAGCCGUCGACCAGACGGAAGAUGCCAACAAUGUCUGAACGAUGUGUGAAGAUGUGCUGUAACAAUGGAACAGCGGAAACGAAUUGGAAAGAAAAAGAAAAGGACAACAAGCCCCAUAGAGUUAAACGAUUUCUUUAAUUAACGCACCCAAAACGAGAGCUAAGUGCGCAUUAGAUAUUCAUUAGAGCGUUAGGAGUCUUCGAUCAUGCUGCUGAUCACGCUGGUAGGGGUUAAACUGAACCGAUGCGCAUAUUUAUUUGAUAGGACAAUCGAACAGACACGAACUACACGCGUUGGACCACAUACCCAAUACACCCAAGUGAGAUGGACGUUGGAUCCUCUUCAAUAGAAUGCCUCCCGUUCCCUUCUCACCACCUGCCGGCUCAUAGAUAGGGUAUAGCCAGCAUAAGGUUAGCAAUUAGGCCGAGUGAUCACUUUCAAGGUUGUUGGAGGAGUGCGCUAGAAUUAGCAUACAAUUAAACACAAACAAACACAAACACAAACACACAGCUAAACCAAACUAAAGCUCAUAACGUUAAGUACUGUGAUUGAAGUGUAACGUACCGAUUCGAUCGCGAUGAUCGGACCAGGGAGUUGUUUCAAAUUGCAGACACACGCUAACAGAGAAUAGUGGAAGAGUAGAGAGAUGGAAGAAGUUAGGCAUAUGAAAUACAUACAUACAUAUACAUAUACUUUUAUAAUCAUAAUAACUACUUUUACUACUCGUACUGGAGGGAUACCGUAUACCGUGGACACAUUCUCUCAGCCGCCAGCCGCCGGGCAGCUUGCCCGCUUUGUAUGAUAGGGGGAACAGAGAGAAUCGCGAGCUGUACACCGUUUUGCUGUUCUAUAUUUAUUUGACUUUGAGCAAAACGAAAAAGGAUACAACUCUUUUUUUUCUGUACUGUUUCGCAUACUUACUGUCGCCCGCUUUUUACUUUCUCUAUCGUAGUCUUAAGUGAACGAGUAAGCGGGACCAUCCCACAAACGUGGAGUGGGUUCUUUCCGAUCCCGGGGAGCUAAUUAAUCCCACCCCAGGGAGUUACAUACUUUAGCACCGUGUCUCUGUAACCGCUAGGCUUUUUAUGAAGAAAAUUUAAUAAAUAAGCAAAUCAUAACUUUGAA